CUCUCUCGACCAUUCCGAUUAGGGCUUGUAGCUGCACGGACCCCAAAGAUGACACUCCUGGCUUCUGAACGAUCCAUGCUGAUCAGAAGCAAGUUCCGCUCCGUACUGCAGCUGCGAAUGCAACACCGGCGGUCCCAAGAGCAACUCUCCGAACGCCACUUAAUUCCAGCACUCAACAAACCUCUUGCAACUUUCACGCAGCCCAACGGGACACAGGGCCAGAACCGGGCCAAUGAGAUCGCAAAGCUGAAAGUUUUGCCCCGGCCCCAUAAGACUGGCCCUGCGAAGGGUCAGCUUCCAGAAGUGUCUCCAGGGGACCCUUCUGAGCUGCAGGACAAAAAGGCUCGUCUGGCCGAAGACCUGAGUGAGAAGAUCCUACACCGCCCUGGGCCACUUGAGCUGGUGAAGAAAAAUAUCCUCCCCUUGGAUCCGGGAAUCAAGGAUGUAGUGACAGAUGCAACUCCUGCUGCUCCUGAUUCCUUCAACUUCGAGGAAGACCUCAGUAGCUCAUCUUCAUCCUCUUCCCCCUGCUUUGCGCUGUCUCCCGUCAGCACUCAUGGGAAUCCUUCUGCCGCAGGAACAGCCUUUCAACUGGACCUACCCCCGAUCCUGUCAGAUCCACAGCCCCCUGUGUCAUCCUCCUCCACCUCUGAGGCAGAGUUCCCUCUGCAAGGGGGCAGCCCCCUGGCCAAGCCCUCGAUUUCACUCCUCAAGGCCCCACCCAAGGUUUCUGAGGCCAGGAAACCUCCACGCCCCAAGAAGGUGAAGGAGCCGAGGCCCAAAGUGAAGAAACUCAAGUACCACCAGUACAUGCCACCAGACCAGAAGGGGGAGCAGGCGCCCGUGCCCAUGGAUGCCGCCUACGCCCGCCUGCUGCAGCAACAGCAGGUGUUCCUGCAGCUCCAGAUCUUGAACCAGCAGCAGCAGACCACGUCAGCGCCACCGGCCACCUUCUGCGUCCAAGCCCUGCACGCCGUCCCAGCCAGCAGCGCUCCAGAGCAGGUCCUGAGCUUCCCUGGGACGCCCGCCCCACCAAGUGGGCCUCCUCCGCUCCCGCUUCCCUCUCCGGCCACGCCGACCUCCCCUUCGCCACCCAAACCGGAACUCUUACCUGCCAACUUGGAAGAGCUGACGGUCUCCGAACUCCGUCAGCAGCUCCGGAAGCGGGGGCUCCCCGUCUCGGGCACCAAGCCGGCCCUGCUGGAGCGCCUCAAGCCUUACCAAGUGGCCCGGGCCAAGCCCCCGCCUGCCCCGCUCUCCAGCGCCCGCUUGGCCCCUUCCGACCUCGACGAGGAGGCCCAGGCCCAGGCCCUGCGGGAGAAGCAGCGGGUGGCCGAGAACCUCGCGCUGAAGCUCCACCGGGAGCAGAAGCAGCAGCAGCAGCAGCACCACGACCUCCGCGUGGAGCUGGAGAUGCACAAGCGGAUCAAGAACCGCCGCAAGGGGGCCACGCUGCCACCCCCCAGCCAGCAGGGGGCUCCCCCGCCUUACGCCCCCAAGAGGGAGUGUGCCAAGGAGCGGGCAGGCAGGGAAGACAGUUUCCUGGUUUUAUGCCCUCUCUCCUGUGAGCCAAUUAAUUCUGACAUGGACCUGCCCCUUGAAAUCACAGCCAGCCCCCCAGAGUCAGCCCCAGGAGCCCGUUCCCUUGAGGAGGAGCUCCAAGAGGCCAUCCAAAAGGCUCAGCUGGUGCCAAGCCAAUCCAUUGAAGAUAUCUUAGAGGAACCGCUGAUGUGUACAGGCAGCCUUCUUCAAGCACCUGCCUUGACCCCAGAAGCCCCCGAUCGAGUUGCCCCAUCCCCGCUGGCCGCCCAAGAAGCAUCACCGGCAAAGAAGCCCCGCCCCAGCAGCGAGCUUCCUUUGGUGACCUCGGCCAUCUUUGAUUUCCCGGGCUCCUACGAUUUCCUCUCGACGGCCUCCUCCUCGUCGGCGUCGCUGGACUCGCUGUCCUCUGUUUUCUCCCCUGACUCUCUGGAGAUGCCCCCGUCCCCCCCGGAUGCCUGGCGAGGGAACGGGACCCGGGCCGGAUUUGACCCCGUGGAUUGGCUGGAGGCCUUGACCUCAGGCUCUGCGUCAGGCCUCGGCUCCACCAGCCCUGCUGGAGGCAGCAUCUUCUGCACUGACUUUUUUGAUUCUCCUGACCUCGGUGUCAACCACAUGAUAGACCUAAUGGUGGAGCAAUGGUAG